AUGGCGGCAACUCAGAGGGUUUUUCGAAAAGGAAGAACGACAUCAUGCAUUGUUGUAUACGUUCUCUGGCUUACUGUUCUUGUACAUCAUGUCCGCGCGCAGUCUUCAAGUACGGACAGCACUAACAAUCCUACAAGUGCUGCCGCUACAGUUACUCCAACCCCGGCUCCAUCGACUGCCGCUACAACACAAGCCCAGACAACGCCAGCUCCUACUUCAAGCCCCCAGACAUCUUUCCCACAAAAUGCAGAUCUCGGCCCAUGUCCUUGUGACCUGACCAGUAAUGGUUGUGAUGUCAACUGCUGCUGUGAUACAGACUGCUCUGACAGUGAUAGGCUGGCAUUCUCGUAUUGCCUGCCUAAUUCUUAUUUAUCUAAAACAGAUGACAAAGUAUGUUUCCAGAGGGAUGUAAUAAUUAUACAUAAUACUCCAUUUGAGAAGAACACAACCCUAGAAGGAUUAUUUUGUGUUUAUUAUGACAAUUAUGCUAAAAGGAAUUACUACAAUAUCCCCGAUGUUAUAACUGCUGAUGACACUGACAGGCUAGACAUGUAUAUCAAUCGAUACGCUGGCCCAUCAUUCCAAACAGGGUCACGAAUGGACCCCAGACAGUUCCCCCAACUAUAUCAGAGUGGUGCCCCAAUAUACACUGUGUUUAAGAACAAUGCAUUAGGUGUUCUGGGCUUACCCACAGGCAUUCAUUCCUCUGUGUGCGAUGAUAACAAUCCAGCAGCAUACCUGUAUGGCCAGACAUCUACCUGUUCCCGAGAUUUGGUAGAUCUGGGAGCUACCUGUGAAACAUCAUUAGCAAUCAGAGCGUCUACCUAUUAUGCAGGGUUUAAGGUGGUCAUGAAUCCCUUCCUCUUAAGCACCUAUUUUAUAAACGACACCUCAAGCAUAAGUAAUGGUAAUAGGAGUUAUUCUGAUACCACGGAUCCCUCUGAAAUGAUAACCGUGACCGUCACAAUAAUAACACCCACUCUGCCAAUGAGCAUGACGCCUCCACCUCCUAUCACCCCCCCAGCCGAUGCCUUGUUUAACUUCCUCCCUCUGCUGCUUUCUUCUCCUCAACCAGGAUUUUGCGACCUUGUGAGCAUUGAUGACCUGUACAACAACAGUUGUGUUUUGAACGUGAUCCCGCAGCUUACUCACACAUGCGUGUCUUCACCAGGAGGAAUUCCUCAGCUUUGUAACUUUACAGUUCUGCCAGAACCCCGGUAUAACAACACCACAGGAGAGUGUAGUGAUGCUGUCACUCAGGUUGAGUACACCAUAACUACAAAUGGAUCGAAUGGCAUCAGCAAGGUUGAUGUUGCAUUUGUGUUCAGUACAUUACAACAGAGUGAUCUCCCCAUUAGUCAGACUUUCAUCACGCAGUUUAAAGGGGUGAAUGAGACGGAGCCUGUAGAGUGGAGUGGUAACCCGGGCUAUGUGGUUGGUCAGCCAGUCAGGGCUGGUCAGCUGGUCAGACAGCUGGACCCAGUAGAUGCUGUCGUCCUCUUGGCAGUACAACAGAACGGCACCAAACCCGAAGACAACUCCCUGACCAUUCUCAAACCAUCAGUGUCAGGAGAUUGCAGCACAGGAACUGGAGGCAGGACUAAUGUGCUGUUCGGAGAGGAAAUGAGAUCAGGGUGCUUUAUCAGUUUCAAUAUGUCUGAUAUGGCGGAUGGUUGUCAACUUAUGCAGGAGAUUGCCUUACUGUCCCUGUGGCCCUAUGGUCCCAACCCCCCGACGAACUGGUCUGUGGCUACGUUUGGUAACUCCGACCCUCUCGUUGUGGGAGACUGGGUCUCCAUUCUGGUGCAGAACACACCUAGAACACCUGUUGCUGGAAAUGGUGCAGAGUGUAUAGACAUGGUGUUAGGGAUGCACAUACAGAUACUGUACGCUAACGUGGGCUCCCUGGCUAACCCCCAAGCUAAGAUAGUGGGGGUGUCCUUCAUCUACGAGAACCCACAGACCAUUGCCUUCCAGUGUGUCGGUGCUUACUGCCUGCCUGGUACUGAGAGUGCCCAGCAGAGGUUUGAGGUUGUCCAGUCUGUCUCGUUUGUGGAUGUCUCCCAGCCUGCAGCAGAAGUCUAUGCCGAGGCUCCAUUGUUUCUUGCCAAAGUACCAUAUGACUUUUUCUACCCAUUCUCUCUUGGGAGUGGCACUUUAAUCCAGCCACAGACUUUACUGAUAUUAUCAGCUUUAUUGUCAAUAUUGGUGUCAACAAAAUUUACUUAUUUAUAGUAAUCCUAUGGUUGAUUUUCCUUACCACAUUGUUAUGUGUAUGUCUUGUAUAGUAGUAAUGUUUUUAUGUAUUGCAUGUGGUACUGUCUGUAUAUACUGUAGGUUUUACAUUGACGGAUAUUGAUUUAUCAUGAUGCUAUUUUCCCAGGUCAUGGAGGGGUUAACCUCUAACUUUUUUUUAGGGUAGCCUGUCCAGUUAAUAUACUUGUACUUUCUUGUCUAAAGUGAAAAAAUGGAUGGGUAAUUUUCCAUCCAAACUUGCCUUUUAUUGGUCGCUUAAAAUGGCGAAUUUCAUCGUGGUGAUAAUACUCCGUCCAUCUUUAAAAGAAAGGUGAACAAGAUACAUUGAAGGACAUUCUUAGAUUCUUAAAAAGGGCUUUAGUGAGUGAGUGAGUGCUUGGGGUUUAAUGUCGUACUCAACAAUUUUUCAGUCAUAUGACGACGAAGGAAUCAUUAGGGUGCAUGCACGUGUAAUGUGCCUCCUUGUUGCAGGACGGAUUUCCACCGCUCUUUUAUUUAGUGCUGCAUCACUGAGACGACUUACCGAAGGCAAGUAAGCCGCCCCGCCCGAGCCAUUAUACUGAUACGGGUCAACCAGUCGUUGCACUAUCCCCUUCAUGCUGAACGCCAAGCGAGGAAGUUACAACUUCCUCUUUUAAAGUCUUAGGUGUGACUCGACCAAGGAUUGAUCCUGGAUCUACCGGUCCCGAAGCGGACAAAAAGGGCUUUAAGUGUGUUGCCUAGGUGUUUGUUAGGCUAAACUACAUUCCUGUUUAAUAUAUCACUACAGUGUUUACCCACCAUAAAUACUGCAUAUAGGAAAUACAAAGUUGGUAAAGCUUUCCAUCAGUUUCGUAAAGAUGCACUGUUUCAAAAAGUGUGUGUACCCUAUUCUUUUCUAUUUCAUGUUUAUUCAUCAGAAAUUUUCUGCUUAAAUUUUGUGCGGAAUAUGUGUACAUAUAGAUACAUAUAGUUUAAUUUUUCUUAGCAUAGCCCUGUAAAUAGUAUCAAUAGAUGUUGUGCUGCCUUACUUCAUCUACCUUCUCUAACAUGAAAUGGCAUUUUCGGAUCCAGCAUUGGUCAAGGAAGUAUUUGUUGUAUGGACCUAGAAAGCAUUUUCUUCAGUCACCAGAGCUAGUUAGAAGGGUGGUUUAUGGGUGGUAAACUGCCAGAUACAUGACGAACCAACCAACUCCUGCCAGACAGUCUGUUGUACUGGAGCCUGCAACCUAUCAUAGUUAUCAGGUAAUGAGAAUAAGGCUUCAACCAUAACAGCCAAUGAGUGCCCAUUCUGAAAAAUGACUUCUCACAGGUCAUUUGUGUACAGGGCAGCUAUUGUUAGGGUGGUAUUUGUUUUUGGAGGGACUCAUUUUAAAUGAUCGGAUUUGAAUUUUAUAUAUAUGUGUAUGUACAUGUGCAAGUUAUAAUCCGUCCAGUGACCAUCUCACGGUGCAAAGAUGGCAGUGAAUUGAUGGUACAUAGAUUUCGUUGUAACCAUAUUUAUAUAUGAACUGCAUGUACUUGAUUUCUAUUUAUUAUUAUAAAUAUAUAAUUAUCAUUUACAUGUACAUUCAGGUAAAAUCAUGUUGCCUUGUUGCCUUGAUCCGUUUGACCAUGCAAAAUUCUGAUCAGGCAAGCUUUUGGUACAAAUUGAUAUCCAUUUAUUUCUGUGACAAGUACAGAAUUAAUUUCUUAUUGCUUGAAAGUAGCUUUUGUAUUGAGCUAGCUGUAAAUAUAUUAUUGCCUGUUAAGUGCUUAACAUUUAGUAAUGUACAGUUUAUCAAUUGUAACAUUAAACCAUGUUGUCAAUUUGUGGCAUGUUGGGGCAAAUCAAUGUGGACAGUAUGAAAUACUUAUAAAUGAUGGGUUGUUAUAAAGGACAAGAAGUAAUAAAUUUUGCCAGUAGUAUGAUCUAUGAUGAUUAUCCAACAUGUCAAGGGGGACAUUCAUAUUCCUGUUGAUCCUGUAAGCUGCCAUGUCACAUCACAGAAACUAACUCCAUCAUCUCACGUUGACUUUGUGCUUAAUGUGAGGUCAGUAAAACUGAAACAUC